AUGAUGUCCUCAGCCCAGCCAGUCUCCGGCGACACUCCCGGGCUGGAUAGUGAGGAUGCUUCUCGCCAAAACCACCGAAAACACGCAGCGACGGCGGCAUCUGCUGCAGGAACAAGAGCGUUUAGUGCCCAGCUGGUGGCUUUCUACUUCCGUGCACCUGUGAAGGCGUUUUUUCGAACGCGAGUUGAUUAUAUGGCCUAUCCGCGAGCGAUAAAUCCUCGAGUUGGUCAAGAUAAAUGGUCAUUCCAUACAACGACGCCAGGCCUUCUUGCCCAUGCAGUCCGUCUUCACGGAUGGAAAUUCUUGCCCAACCAGAUCCUUCCUCCUUUGCUCGCCAAUACCACUGUGGGCGCUUUACUGUACACUUCUUACCUGCAAGUCCUCGGCGUUCUUCACACUCCUGCACAGAAUAAUAUCAAAAAGACGUAUCCACCCGCGCCACCUACGGCCACGUUUAUAGCAGGGUUUACAGCUGGCGCCAUUCAAUCUGUGAUCGCUGCACCCCUCGAUGCUCUGCAGGUCCGGUUACACAGCAGUGGCAUGCUCGAAGGCCAGUAUCGAAGCAUGUGGGAGUACGGAUGGACGAAGCUGCGGGAGAUUGGCGUCCGCGGCAUUUUUGCUGGAUGGACGCUCUCAUUUGUGCGCGACUCCUUUGGCUACGCUCUCUUUUUUUCCUCGUUCGAGUAUGUCAAGUCACAGGCAUAUCUAUCAUAUGUGACGUGGUACUAUGGGUAUCUACAAUCCAAAGGGCUCCCACCCGUCGUCGCAGCCACGCAAGAAGUGCACGGCCAAUCGGUUAUUAAACCGCAUUAUACUAUCGAGCCGUGCUUCUUGAUGGGAGCAGGAAUCACGGCGUCGAUAGUGCAGCAAACCAUUCAACACCCUCUCGGCGUUAUUCAAGACCUGCAUUGUGAACGACUGGAGCAUCUCGACCAGAAGCUUGCUUCGUACCGUUCUCGCUCGCAGGUGAUGGGUCAUUACUACCAUGCCUACCAGGCAACCUUGAAGGAGUGCCGAAGAAGAGCUGGCGAAGCUGGAGGAUGGCGACGGUGGCUUUUCCGGGACUUCUUUCGCAGCAGCAUCCGUCAGGUGCCUAGUACAAGCGCUGGCCUCGUGAUAUUCGAGUUGAUGCGGCGGAAGUAUGCCAACCCAUCUGAUACGGUUAUUAUUGAAAAGGACGGCCUCCGCAUUCUCCCCGCUAUACUAGCCGCCACCAUUCCUCGACCAAAGUCUCCCCGGUCCACCACCCCGCCCAUUCCUCUGCAGUCACUUCACAAUUCACAAUCCCAACUUCACCUUGACCAUCAAGCAUCGGGAGACUCUCACGGCUCGGCCCUGGAACUGGAAAGCAAGAGGAAGGCUUCCAGCCGGCGGUCCUCCUCCUCUUCUUCCUCGCACUCCGACUUCUCCAGCUGGAGCGAUACCGGCGACCUCGCAGAGCAGCUUGCCAACGAAGAAGAUCCGCUGCGGAUCGACCUACGGAAAUCGGUCGACGGCACCCGUUCGUCGCGUCACUCGCGAUUGAAAAAAGUCCAUUACGACGAAGGGUCGACUUUUGUUCAAGGUGGCAUAGAUAUAAACUCUAUCCCGCUGCCGACGCCCCCCGCUCGACACAUCUCGCAAACUGAACGAAUCCUAGCCGCCAUCAUGUCGCCAGGCAAUAGAUCAAGAGCCCAAGUCCAUGGGCUGGUGGGCAAGCCACUCCUGUACUUUACCAGCGUUUUUGUCUCUCUCGGCGUUUUCCUUUUCGGUUAUGAUCAAGGUGUUAUGUCUGGCAUUAUAACUGGCUCGUAUUUUAAAAAUUACUUUAACCAACCCUCACGAGCCGAAAUCGGUACCGUUGUCGCCAUUCUCGAAAUCGGCGCCUUGAUCUCGUCAUUGAUGGUAGGCAGAAUUGGCGACUUAAUUGGGCGCAGGCGGACUAUCUUGUAUGGAUCGAUGGUGUUUUUUGUCGGUGGUGCCUUGCAAACAUUCGCCAAUGGCCUCCCGAUGAUGAUGCUUGGACGCAUUAUCGCCGGUUUGGGAGUUGGUGCGCUAUCUACCAUUGUCCCGGUCUAUCAAUCAGAAAUCAGUCCCCCUCAUAAUCGAGGAAAGCUUGCUUGCAUUGAAUUCACCGGUAAUAUUUGUGGCUACGCUGCAAGUGUCUGGGUUGACUACUUUUGCAGCUAUAUCGAGAGCGACUAUUCCUGGCGUUUACCCCUCCUUUGCCAGUGUAUCAUGGGUGUCCUUCUUGGCGUUGGCAGUAUGGUCAUUCCGGAAUCUCCAAGGUGGCUCUUGGACAAUGAUCACGACGAAGAAGGUCUCAUUGUUAUUGCCAAUCUAUACGGUGGAGGAGAUAUCCACAACGAUGAAGCACGCCAAGAGUAUAGGGAUAUCAAAUUCGGUGUUUUGACUCAACGACAAGAAGGGGAACGAUCUUAUGCAGAUAUGUUCCGUCGUUACUACAAGCGUGUCCUCAUUGCGAUGUCCGCGCAAGCCAUGGCCCAACUCAACGGUAUUAACGUCAUAUCGUACUACGCUCCUCUUGUGUUUGAAUCUGCAGGAUGGGCUGGUAGAGAUGCCAUCUUGAUGACCGGCGUGAAUGGACUCACAUACCUGGCAUCCACGAUUCCCCCGUGGUAUCUCGUCGAUGGGUGGGGGAGACGCCCAAUUCUGCUAUGGGGCGCUGUCGCUAUGAUCAUUUCUUUGAGUGCGAUGUCCUACUUCAUCCUCAUAGAUGUGCCGGCAACACCGGUUCUUACUGUUAUCUGCGUUAUGAUAUACAAUGCUGCGUUCGGCUUUUCUUGGGGCCCAAUUCCUUGGCUAUAUCCCCCAGAAAUCCUGCCGUUGAGCAUUCGAGCCAAGGGCGCGAGUCUGAGCACUGCUUCCAAUUGGGCUUUUAAUUUCUUGGUUGGAGAGCUCACCCCGGUCCUCCAAGCCUUGAUUAAAUGGCGACUAUACCUCAUCCAUGCCUUUUUCUGUGCCUGCAGUUUUGUUCUUGUUUACUUUUUGUACCCUGAGACGAUGGGUGUCCGCUUGGAAGAUAUGAAUGAACUCUUCGGAGAUGCUACUACAACAAUGCCUACGCCAGUAACCCAAGCAGAACGCGAUUCUUUGAUGGGCUUUAAUUCACCAGUGCCGUCGCUCGACAUGCAUCGCCCACACGGGCAGUUCAGUGCCGACAACGCCAUUCCAGGCCUUAAUAUCGACCCACCGGUCAUUGGGUCUAGCAGUAAUAACAAAAACAAUUCUCAAGAUGACCAGAGCCGAAAUGAAGGUCUCGGUGGUUGGAUAUCAAACAUGCUGAACCGAGGCAAAGACUCAUCGAAGAGCAGUCAAUAUCGCCGUCUCGACCAGGAUGAGGAAGGGUGA